GAUGACAUUUUACAUUUAAAUCAUAUGUUUUUACUUACAUAUAUCCAUUUAUAUUUUGUACUUUUUUUGGACUUUCAUUUUAUUUAAAAAAUUUGGGCUCCACUUUGGAGACUACUGGUGUGACAUUUGCACCAUGUUAAAGAAGAAAUAAAGAUUUUAAAACAAAAAAGAUAUACAUAUUUAUUUACAGUAUACGAUUAUAUAUUAAAUGAAAUACUGUAAUUUGAUUUAAUUGUUAAUGUGUGUAUAAGUACCACAAGUAGUUUACAAUAGAAAACCUUUAAAAGGUCAAAUUGAAGGCUAAAUGUCAGCAGUAAUAAGAGUCGUCCACAAAAAAAGUUAUUCUAGCUGAGGAAUGAGUACAGUAAGAAAACAGCCCUAGUGACACCUGGUGGACAUAUGGAGAAUGACAUAUUGCGUCCCUUUUUCAGUUAAUAUAGUGUUGUCAUGACUUGUAAGAAUUGUCUUGGAUAAAAUUAAUUCCUGCAGCUCUUUGAAAUCUUACGAGCAAACUAUAAAGACGAAUGCAGCACUUUAAACAAAACAACCUUUAUUCCCAUGUGCUCGUGUACAUACAUUACAGCAUCUAUUGUCAUAAAAAAGAUCACAACACACACGUUGGGCUUGCAGCCUUACAAGAACAACCUUUUUUAUACACAAAUUGUACAAUGCUUCAACUCAAGUGUUCAUGAUAAACACAAAAUGUCACAAAAUAUUAGAAUAAUAAAGAGCAGAGUUGGAAAAAAAUGAAGAUUCAUUAAACUAAGGUAGGGCACAGGUAACUGACUUCGUGCCAUGCAAAGUACACUCAAGAGACACAAGUUGAGAACAUGCAGAAAUGAAAACCCUAUUCCUGUGUACCGCACGACACAAAUUUCUGAUUCAUGUCUGCCUGCAAGCUGGAAAUGGUACACUGCAAUCAAACCUAAAUCAGCACAACAUGUUUCAUCUCGACCACUUGAGUGUCAGUUCUUAUUUGAGUGCUGAGGAACUUGCCUUGUACGUUUGAUAAUAUUUCACCAUGUUAGUGUUGGUUCUUCAUCCCCUGUGCUUUGCCAGGUUUCUUUUCCUGCUGCUGCUGACCUCGUCCGGCACCGCUCAUUCCUCGACCGCGGCCCCCAAACACACCUACGGACAGGAAGAAAGUCAGUUGGUAACUCCUUCGUGUGCUGAGGGACGCCGUUGCGUCACGCGUGACGUCAUGACGUCGCGGACGUCUGGCGUUCGGACGCUCGCUGCCUGGCUGGAGCUAAGCAGAAGGGCGCCUACAGCUGAGGGGGACAACAGGGCGACUUUAUGGUCCUGCUACACAACAAAGACCCAAUAAAGCACCGAAACAGUCAACGUGUCACGACGGGAAAUGGACAACAGUAAACGGACUGUGGUCGUUACAGACACAAAGGCGUGCAGGAGUUCCAGCUGAUGGUAGAUGUGUAGGCUGCCUGGGAACGGCUUGCUCACAAUAGCAUGCCGGCUGGCAACUAGCGACCCCUCACUCUGCUCCUAUUCAGCAGCCUGUCAGACAGACUGAUCCUCCCUCCGCCCAACCCCCAGGGACCCACUGACCCUUGGAGUGAUGGUGCAGGGGGCGCGACUAUAGAUCCCAAUAUAAACAAGGCAGUGUGAGGGAAUAGCUGUCGGCUGCUUCCGCUGCCAGUUUUGCAGGUUUUGGGCCGUUUGGAGAGCACACAGUCAAUGCCAGCUGGGUUGCAGUACAGGAGCUGAAGAAACUUGGACUUGGCACUGAAGUGGACUUGCACGUCUACGAGGUUCCCGUAGAGUACCAGACAGUGCAGAGUUUAGUUCCGUCACUAUGGAAAAAGUAUCACCCAAUGUUGGUUGUUCAUGUUGGAGUGUCAGGCAUGGCCACCACUGUCACAUUAGAGAAGUGUGGCCGAAACCAUGGCUACAAAGGCCUGGACAACAGCAGAUUCUGUCCUGAUUCACAGUGUUGCAUUGUGGGGGGUCCAGACUGUAUUGACUCUGUUAUUGACAUGGAAUCAGUCUGCAAGAGAGUGACUUCCUCUGGACUGGGAGUUGCUGUGUCUGUCUCCAAAGAUGCUGGAAGGUAUCUGUGCGACUUCACCUAUUACACCUCCCUGUACAUGAGCCACGGUCGCUCCGCCUUCGUCCAUGUGCCUCCUCUCGGGAAGCCGUACAGCGGCGAAGACCUGGGCCGCGCAUUGCAGGCCAUCGUCCAGGAGAUGCUGGAUCUUCUCGAUCACGCCAAGGAAAAGAUCCACUGCCAGCAGCACUUCCACUAAGUGACCUCCCGAUGCCAGCCAGCCUCUUCCAGCCACGCAAGACCGAUUGCACUGGACCACAAGUAGCCAAGUUCUUUCUCUUUCUAAUCCUGUCGGACGUGUAACGAAAGCCUCAGCGUGCACGACGUUUUCCGCCCCGGGUGUUGCCUCAUAUUUCCUAUUUUGCCCCCGUGGUGAUGAUGAUUACGAGAUGCGCGCGAGUAUGUCAGGAAGCGUGAUUGUUCCCAUACAGUUGUUGUCGAGUGUGGAAGAUUAUACACAGCAUUACCUACCAAAUGUGGCUACUAGUAUUGCACCUUAUAGCGUUAGGGUUACUGACAUGGUUACGGAAGUCACAUUUGGCAACCUUUACAUUAGUUGUAUUUGGAAUACUUCAUUCUUACAUGUCAAGCUUCUGCCAUAGUGUUUAUUACCAAAGCCCCUAGCUUACUUGUCAUAUUAUUUUUCAUUCUCAAUAAUCACUACUAGUAUGUGUAGACACUUAUACAUGAUUAAAUAAGUAUAUUCAUAUAGAACCCUUUAGCAUAAACCCUUUUUUUUUUCUAUAUUUUCUCUAAACUCUUUGCUACUUCACAUUUGAUGUUGAAUUGUUUCUGGAGUCUUUUUCUUUAUAAGAAGUUGUACGUUUGCCUUCUUUUACAAAGGUGAUUUAAAAUAGGGAACGGGUUGGUUCCAGCUCACAUUCCCCCAGUUUGUCGGCCCAUUUCUGACAGGAAGACAAUAACUCAGUCACUUGAGAUCUGACCCCCCGCCCCCUCCCAGGUUGUGCAAUGUGAUUGAUCAGAUCUCAGGUUUCACCAUAUAGCUUCGCCCUCACGGCUGCGCAAUUAUUUGAGAAAGGAGGUGCUGAUGAUUGUGAUCAGAAUGAAACAUUCACUGUACAUUCCUCAAUGUAGUGGCAUCAAUGUUUACAGAAUAUUACUUUGUGCGGGCAGAAGAAAUACAUCUGGAAUGAAUGAUGUAGUAACAGAUGUGGGCCCUAAACAGGAUUUUGUUGUGGGCCCCAUUUCAGUCAACUAGGAUUUGAUAAGUUGCUAAUCAAAUGUAAACCCUCCAAGGUUUCAUUAGUUUGAAAUAUAAACAGUGCACAUGUAGGACAACUGCAUAGAGAGUGUUUAUGCCAGGAGUCUGCACUGGCUAUCAUUUUAAGGUUAGCUAUUGGAAAGGCGGGAACUGGAAGAUCUUUUUAAUAAAAGUCACCGGUGCCAUUUUUUUAAACAGAUGCGGUGUUUGGCUUUCCCCAAGAUUGUGCAGCCUAAAACAAUCUCCUUGCUUUUAAAGGUAUUUUAUGGCGGCUGAAGUUAUACAAAAAUCCACGUGACAUUGUGUUGAGUCAGAUUUGGGCCUCGAGUUUGAUUUCUGUAGCACUUUUUCUUGCAGCGUUUUUAAAAAAAAUUUUUUUUAUAACUUUGACUCACAAUAUGUAGCUCUACAGCAGGGGUGUCAAACGUACGGGCCCGCAAACAGGUUUUAUCCGGCCCGCGGGAUGAGUUUGCUAAGUAUAAAAAUGAGCUGAAAUUUUGGAAUGAAAGAAACUGCUGUUCUAAAUGUGUCCACUAGAUGUCGCAAUAGCAAUUAUUUGUAUCUUUGUAGAUACAUAUGUAAAAACAAAAACAAAAAAACACGUGAUGUUGGUGCACCAGUCGAGGAAAAUGAUCAAACUACAUAAAUAACAGUAAGAUUUUGAUAUUUUUCUAUCUUGAUAGAUUGAAAAUGAACACCAAUGAGUUGACUGAUGAACAUUAUCACAUCAUUUAUUCAGAAAGUAUAAAUAAGGACAAAUAAAGAGAAUACUAUUAACUGCAACAUGUAAGUGUAAACAAACCCCAACAACAUUAUGAUUUGUACAAUUUCAGAAUGUGCUUGUUCUAUUUUGAAACAAAGAAAACAAUCUGAAGUUGUCUUUAUUUUUAAGUUAUCGCGCCGUGAUUUUACCAGUCCGUCCCUCUUGGGAGUAGAUUUUUCUCCAUGUGGCCCCUGAUCUAAAAUGAGUUUGACACCCUUGCUCUACAGUCAAAUACAUCCAUUGUAUUAUGUCUUUUCCCAUUAAUAUUGUAUUUUUGUUUUGCUUUACAGCUGAAUUAUGCUCGUAUUUCCUGUGUGUUAAUUUGCUAUACACCUAGAACUGUAGAAAAGUCUUUCAGGCUACCUGUGCACAUGUGAUUUUCUUAGGCUCCUUUUUAUGUUUGUCGACAGCAACACUUUUUAGUGGCGCCUCACGACUUCAAAUGGCCAUUUUCUCCACAGCUUUUUAUACUUUUACUGCAACUUCCAUAUUGAGCUGUCUGUGGAAAAGAUGGAUCUUUGGAUGCAAAUUGUCUUACCUAGAAGAAAAAAAACAGAACACUGGUUUGUGUUGCAGCAAAAAAGUUUUAAACACGAGUUAGGCCAGUGGAUUUUGGUCUUUUAACUGAUGCUGGUUUUUCCCAUACAGUCAUUUAUUUGUGGUGGUGCGCCACAAAUACAUUUGGCCCACGAGUGGAUUUGGCGCUGUUGGCCUCGCUUACUGUGUGUAAAUGAAGCGUGCAUGUAGAUGGCAUCAUGUUUUCAAGACCCUUUUUUUGUUGCUCAAUUUUUCUCUGCCACAGCGUCCAUAAAAAUGACACGCACACGCGCCAUGGCCAAUUAUGCAAAUCAUUUUCUCUGAACCCAGUCUUGCGGGAAACACUGGAUACUCCUACUUUCUCUCUUGCCACAAAGUAGCACUAAGCAGAACCGUCACAAAAUCUGUCUUUUACAUAUUGGUUGUGCCAAUUUUCUGGGUUUGGAGGCGUUUUACGAUGUUUUCCCGGGCGUGGCGUCGUGAGUUUGAGGAUGUGACUGGAUCGUGCUGCGCCCAAAAUAGCUGCUCACAAAUGUGAACCCCCUCCCAUAUGUAGCUCGUUGAUGUUGAAAGUGACCUCGACCCCCUUUAACUCUCUCCUGUGCCUUGCUGUUAUUUAUUUUUGUUUUGAUAAGGCCUUAAAUGGUUUGGUGGCAGGUCAGUUCAAAUAUAUAUCUAGAUAUGUUCCAGGCAGAUAUGUGUGGCUACCUCAAAAAUAUUUUUUAAUCUCAACGUGGACUUAACAUCAUUAUGACAGAUUUAUUGAACGUACUGUACCUCUUGGCAGUGAGCAUCCUCUGAAAGGUGUGUUCUCUGCUUCAGACAUUAUCAAAGCACUGUUACAAGAAGUAAUAUUGGCUCGAUAAAUGGAAAGGUUUUGAAUUAA